CUCGUUAAAUAGAGCAGGAAGUUCCACCAUCUUGAUAUUUGCUGCGUUAUUAGUCACUGUGUAUUUGUCAUAGAGAAGAGUGGUAGAAAAAUAUUGUAAAAAGUGUCUUUUGUAUGAGUAUUCCAUUCCAAAAACGUUGGUGAUACUGGUGGGCACUUUGUGCUAGCAGCAACCAUACCCUGUGUCCCAUUUUAUCUCCUGAUGUAAUACAGUGUGUGGAGAAGACGGCGAAAUGCAGGUGAAUGUAGCAGGUUUGCGAAGAAACAUCAAGAAUUUGGCUCACAAUUAUUCUGAUGCACAGGUGAAAGUACGAGAAGCCACAAGCAAUGAUCCAUGGGGUCCCAGUUCAACACUUAUGUCAGAAAUUGCUGACCUAACCUACAAUGUUGUUGCAUUUACGGAAAUCAUGCAGAUGAUAUGGAAAAGGCUUAAUGACCAUGGGCGCAAUUGGAGGCAUGUGUACAAAGCACUUGUACUUUUGGAGUAUUUGAUUAAAACUGGAACGGAAAAGGUAGCACAGCAGUGCAAGGAGAACAUCUUUGCUAUUCAAACACUAAAAGAUUUCCAGUAUUUUGAGGACAAUAAAGACCAAGGAAUGAGUGUUAGAGGAAAAGCGAAACAAUUAGUUGAACUGCUCAAGGAUGAUGAACGCUUACGAAAUGAAAGAGCAAGAGCUCUAAAGGCUAAAGAACGUUUUGCGCAAGCAGCUUCUGGAUUUGGAAGUGAUGGAAUGGAGGCAGUUUCUCCUUCGAGCCCCAGCUUUCCAGCUUUCAAAGGGCAGUGGACAACAUGUGAAGCAGAAGCGUCCUCAAGAGGUGGGCCCUCUUCUUCAGAAUUGGAAACGGCACGGCCACAGACAGUGGGCGAGGAAGAACUGCAGCUACAGCUUGCUCUGGCCAUGUCCCGCGAGGAAGCUGAACAAGAGGAACAGCGACGCCGUUCAGAUGAUGUCAGGCUACAACUUGCUUUAUCACAGUCAGAAGAAGAGUUCAAGCACCAACAACCUGCUCAACAGUCUCACAUGCUGGAUCUGCUGGAUGUGAACCUGGGUGCUCCAGCUGCACCUGUUGAUCCUUGGGGAUUUCCUCAGGCACCUGUCAGUCAGUCCUCGCCAGUCCCCACACGGCCUCAGACAUUGGACAUCUUUCAUUAUAGUUGGGAAUCGAAUGAUCCAUGGAGUAGUCCAGCAUCACACCAAAGUGUUUCGGCAGCUGCGUCUCCUUCUCCUUCACCAGCUGUUGACCCAUGGACGCCAGUGUCAGCAGAUACAGUAAAUAAACCAUCAGCAGCUGUGGAUCCGUGGAGUGCGGUAUCGCCGCAUCAGAUUGGUAGUAGCACUGGAGCUGUUCCAAGACAGGUGGCAAGUGGCAUGGCAGUUGGUGCCGUAGCAGGAGGGGCAGCAGCAGCUUCUGUGGCAACUGCUACUACUGUGCAAGACCCUUGGUCACCUGCUACCAACACUGAACACUCGAGUCCGAGUAGUACAGCUGGAGACCUUGAUGAGUUUGACAUCAUUACAAAUCGUGCAAGUGCCAGCACCAAUGCCAACAUGAUCAACAAUAAUGGAGGAACAUUGUCUCCUGAUCCAUUUGACUUGACUGGCCUAGGGGACUCAUUGUCAGAAAACAGGCAAACCACAGCCAAGAAAACGCCUCAAAGCUUUCUUGGAGAAAAUUCAUCCUUGGUAAAUCUUGAUAACCUUGUAACCAUGAAUACCAAACCAGCUGCAGCAGCACCUCCUCCAGUGUCUUCUGCUUCACUGGCAACUGCGAAUCCAUUCUCCGGAGUGCCACCUCAGCCACAGGCUGGCCUGUACCCACAAAGUACUUCACCAGCACUACGGCCAGUGAUUAACCAGAGUCAUCAGCCGGCAGCCAGCCCCUGGGGUGCUCCUACUGUGCUGCAGAGCCCUCUUGUGCCAUCUGCACAGCCUAAUCCUUUCCUAUCCUAAUGCAACAUUGAUGUCAGAUAGGCAGGAUGUACUGGAACUUGUUUUGUUAUGUAUGGGAAACACACAGUGCAACAACAAAAACUUAACAGUCUGAAGUAAUUGUUGGCAGUGAAUCAGAUAGUGGCAGCUUAGCCACUUACUUUGCUAAUGGCAUUCAUUCUUAAUAGUUAACAGAAUAAAAGAAAAUGAGCUCACUGUAUAGCAGAGAAGUUCCUAUAUUCUGCAAAAUAUUUUGUACAUUAAAUAUUAAAGGCAGAAGCAUUUUUGUAGUUCAUGUACAGGUACGUUUUUUGCACCAGUUUGCUAAUAUGUGCAGUUUUGCACUGCUAAAAAAUUGACAACUUGGAAACUCGUUAUAAAUGAAGUCUUGUAUAUGUACAUAUUGAGAAAAGCAGAUCACACUGUUUUGUGGUUAUUAAUAUUCCAGUGCUGGAGCUUGAAUGAGCUGCUAUCAAUUUUAGAUUUGACUGCUGCAUAGUAAAUGACAGAGCUGUGUAAAAAAAAAAAUAUUUUUACACCAUUAUUUCUACAUUAAAAGUUUGACUGUAAUUUUUCAGUGGAUUUACCAGGAGGUAAAUUUUACUCAUAAUACAAUUGAAAUAAAAUAACACAGUUUAAGUGUAUUUUAUCUAGUGAGUUUUACUUUGUAAUUACAUCAUAUUUUGUUAAGUUGCAACAUUUUAUAAAAUAUCUCAAAGAAACUUAGUGUGAUGAUUGUAUUUACUGGUAAGUGACACUAAAAACCGUAUUUCUAUUGCCUUAUCUUUCACGCCUCGUAUUUGAGCUGUAUGUUGAAAAAACUUUUUGAUAGUUCUAGCACAAUUAUUUGACUGCUGGUACUUUAUGUAUUGCCAUAAAUGAUUGUUGUAUAUUGAAGUAUUUUAUGUUAGUUUUUUCUCAUCUUAUCUGAAUCAUUGUUUGUAGAUUCAUUUUCAUGAAUGUGACAGAUAUUUUAAGUUGUGGAGUAUUAUCAGAUCUAAGACAAGCUUAUAAUGUGUUAAGAAUUGUAAUUUAUCCAUGUACUGUUAAUGAAUUUUGGUUUGGAGUGUCGGAUUAUAUAAGGCUACGUUAUAUACCUCUGCAUUAAGGAUGUGGUGGAGUGUCAGUUCAGUUACUCAAUUAUAUAUGUUGUUGGUAUGGAAAAUUAUGUAAAUGCAUAUUUUUGUGAUUAGAUUCUUUUACAGUAUUUGUGUCAUAAAACAUACACAACAUUUAA